AUGGUGCUCCCCGACAAAGCCAAUGCCAGUAAGGCGCUUCCCAGCAAGGCGCGUCAGCAUGCGUCGUCGAAGAUCCCCAACAUUCCCUUCGUCCGCGUGAACGUCGGCGACCCCAACGGACCUCCAGAUCAAUACCACACAUUCCGCCUGCCCGGCAAACUGCUAGCCUCCAAAUCCGACUACUUCAAGAAAGCCAUCGAGUGGCAAAUGCGCGAAGGCAAACCGCUCGCCUGCUGCCUUCCCGAAUACCUCGCUCCUGAGAUUGGUAUGCUCGUUACCAAAGCGAUUCAGCUGAAAUCCUACCCUCGCGAAAAAGACCCAGCGAGCAACAACUACGGCAAACGCAUCAUCGUCUUUCCCUCCGCCGACGACAUCACCUACCUCUACGCCAACACCAGCCCAACCUCCCUGCUCCGCGGUUACCUCGCACGCCUGCUCGCUGAGCGCACCUCCACGUCCAAUACACGCGAGUACAAUCUGGAAUGCAACCCCGAGCACGAACCCGACCAAUUAUUUGCAGACGAACAAUGUGAGGAGGACGAGCUGGCCGACUAUCCACCCGAAUUGCUCGUUUCGGCGCUCGUGGUCUCGGGACGCAUGCUCCGCGCGACGAAGUGUCUGAAUUGUUCGUUUGGCGACAUGUGUCAGCGGGAGGGACAUAGUCCAAGGGACUUCAUGACGUUGGAGUUGAGGUUUUGUGAGUGGGAUGGGCAUGAGGAGGGGGGGGAGGGGGAGGGUGGGAAGAAGGGAUGUGAGAUUGUUGAUUGA